AGUGCUUGGGUCGAGUCUUUGCUUACGAACGCGGCCGAGUCAAGUCGUUCCUAUUGCGUGCCUUCUUUUUCUUUUCCUUUUCUUCUUUAUAGAUUUUCAUAACCAUUCGAAAACCUCAGCUCUCGUAUUCCUCUUCUGCUCUGCCACAGUAACAUUGCCUGCCCACCAUUCGAUUCUCGACUGUGAUACUAUGGCAGGAGGGGGUGGAGAGGGCACACGAUCUCUAGAGCAAACACCAACAUGGGCAGUUGCCGUUGUCUGUUUCGCUCUCGUACUCAUUUCCAUCUUCAUAGAACACAUCAUUCAUCUCAUUGGCAAGUGGUUAACAAAGCGUCAUAAGCGGGCACUUUAUGAAGCGCUGGAAAAGAUCAAAUCCGAGCUUAUGCUGCUGGGAUUUAUAUCCUUACUCCUGACGGUGGGACAAGCUCCUAUCUCUAAGAUAUGCAUCCCUGAGAGCGUAGGCAACACCUGGCAUCCUUGUAAGAGGAACAGCACUGAGGGACAUCAAAGCACUAACAACAACGAAAAAACAAGUUCCGGUGAUGAUUCCGAUGACGGGGUUGGCCGAAAACUAUUGUGGAGUAGCGCUCGGCGCAUUUUAGCUGGAGGGGGCACCGACAAGUGUGCAAAGGGAAAAGUUCCUCUGGUUUCUGCAGAUGGCAUCCAUCAGCUCCACAUUUUCAUCUUUGUACUUGCCGUUUUUCACGUCCUCUACUGUAUCAGUACCAUGGCCUUGGGAAGAUUAAAGAUGAGAAGCUGGAAAUCGUGGGAACGGGAAACGAAGACCGUGGAAUACCAGUUCUCUCAUGAUCCGGAGAGGUUUCGUUUCGCAAGGGACACGUCCUUCGGCCGACGCCACUUGAACUGUUGGAGCCACUCCCCCUUUCUUAUUUGGAUUGUGUGCUUCUUCAGGCAAUUUGUGAGGUCUGUUCCAAAAGUGGAUUACCUAACCUUGCGACAUGGAUUUAUCAUGGCACAUUUGGCUCCACAAAGCUCUAUUAAAUUUGAUUUUCAGAAAUACAUCAAAAGAUCACUUGAAGAGGAUUUCAAAGUUGUCGUUGGAAUCAGCCCCACAAUAUGGUUCUGCGCGGUUCUCUUCCUGCUGUUCAACACACACGGCUGGUAUUCCUAUCUAUGGCUGCCUUUUAUUCCAUUGAUCAUAAUUCUGUUGGUGGGGACAAAGCUUCAAGUAAUAAUAACAAGGAUGGGGCUGCAAAUUCAGGACAGAGGAGACGUUGUUAUUAAGGGUGUCCCAAUUGUUCAGCUCACUGAUAAUCAUUUCUGGUUCAAUCGUCCUCGCCUCUUACUCUUCCUCAUCCAUUUUGUUCUUUUUCAGAAUGCCUUCCAGCUCGCUUUCUUCGUAUGGACCUGGUAUGAAUUUGGCUUGAGUUCAUGCUUCCAUUCACGGACGGAAGACGUGAUUAUCAGAAUCUCUAUGGGAAUUCUCAUACAGUGCCUAUGCAGCUACGUUACUCUCCCUCUCUACGCAUUGGUAACACAGAUGGGAUCUAACAUGAAGUCCACCAUCUUCAAUGAGAGAGUGGCAACUGCUUUAAGGAAAUGGCAUCACACUGCUAGAAAGCAUGUAAAGGAAAGUCGACGGUCUGGAAGUGUGACACCACUGUCCAUGAGCAGGCCUGCAACCCCCACAGGUGGCCUUUCUCCAGUUCAUCUCUUACGUCACUACCGAAGUGAGGUAGACAGUUUGCAAGCUUCUCCACGAUUCUACGGCUCUGACAAUGAGAGGUGGGAUGUUGAAGGGUCAACCUCACCGUCACACCGCACUCUUGAUGGCUCAUCGUCUCACCACCAUGGGCGUCAAGAUCCGAUUGAACAAGAGAGAGAAAUGGAAGAGAUGUCUUCUUUGCCACCACCUCUGGUGCAGGCAAACGAUGCUCAACACGAGAUCAAUAUCAACUCUGUCGAUUUCUCUUUUUCCAAAAGGUGAGGAGGACUAAUGGCAUGCCUGGCCAUUGGUUUUCGUAUCACAAGCGAUUACGCAAUAAUUUCCAUUAUUUGUUCAUUGCAUUUGAUGCCAUUGAUGGCUGGCUUAACCAUGGACAGCAUGGGCAUUUGCUUAUAGAGAUAAGGAACCGAUACAAAAUGGCCUUUUCUAUGUUGUAAUGCCUUGUAUAAUAUAGCCUUCAUUUUUGUAUCGAAUUCUAUGAGAGUUGGAUAUCAUGCUUCAGAUGGGCGUCCGUUUAAAUUA